AUGGAGGAAACGGAGGAAAAUAAGAGACAAGAGACUGACGAGCUCGUGCUGCUCACAAUCGAAGAAAGCUAUGCGAACAAACAGCACGCCGACAGCGACGACGUCACCACCCAUCGCUAUCCCCAAGGGAGGAAGGCGCAGGCCUCGACUCAGCUGCCCGAGACCACCACCUCGCGAGACCUGCUGUCGAAGAGGGGCCGGGCAACGACGUCAUUCGCCCCUGCCAUGCCCACAAUUUUGCAGACCCACUUUUUGGCAUAUACGAGACGUUCUUCUACAUAG